GUCCUCGUCUCCAAGCAACAACUUGAAGGUGAAGCGCGUCACCAACUCGGUUGUCGCCAAUCCGCAGUCCCCUCUUCCUGCUCCAACAUCACGAACCACCUCCAACCCGAAAAAUCCUCCAAACACGCGCCGGCUCGUGCUUGGACUAAUUGGAACACGACAGGACGGACACCCACACCCACAAACCAGGCACCAACCCACCGAGAUUCGAGAUCCAGUUGCGCAAGAAGCGCUUCUUUGGAUUGGGUGUGCGCAUACAGAAAACGGAAGCGCAACCACGGCCGCCGCAGUCUUCCACACGUCUUCGAAAAAUGCGCUGAGGCGCUUGAUCACCACCACCACCACCAACACCACCACCGACAGCACGCCCAUCCACCCUCGUUCGAUCUCUUUCCUCUACCUACCUACCUACCUACCUACCUACCUACCUACCCAACGACAACUAUGGCCGAACUACGUAAAUUCGAAUCUCUCUACGCCCUCCACACCGAGCUCCAGGCUGUCAGCCAGCAGCGCUAUGAAGAACUCCAGACCGUCGAGCAGCUGCUCGAGCAGCACGCGGAUUCCUUCAGCAAGUUCCUAGACAAGCCACCCCGGAACCCCACCAGCAGGACGGCCCUACAGAGUGGCAGGAUCAAGGUUCAGGACGAGGAAUAUUCCGUCACCCAGAGCUUCAUCAACGACGCCCUUAAGCUUGCCGAUGAGCUCGAUCUCGACGAAGUCGAGGCUGCCCGUGUCCUUCUCGAUGCCGAUGCCGAGGGCGACCAGGCCAGUUUCGACCGUCCCUUGUGGGUGUGCGGCCUCCUCCGCUUCCAAAACGAGCGGAGUUACCUGCUCGACUGUAUGCGCCUUUGCAUCCAGAUAGCAAACGACGAGGACAUCGACCCCUCGGUGCAGGAAGGCUUUGGCCAGGUUGUCGACGAGAGGAUCUUUGGCAUUCCCGCCCAGGGUAGCAAGCCCCAGGCCGGCGCCCAGAAAUUCGUGCCCAAAUGUGUGGCCGGACUCCAAGCCAUCAGGUCGACUCUGCAAAGUAUCGGGGAGAAGGUGGCAGCUCAAAAUGUCCUGUUUCAGCCCAACGUCUCCAAGCGGAUGGACCAGCAAGAACCGUCUGAGAUCAUGCGCCUCAAGCUAAUAGAGCAACACGAAACCCUGUCCCUCAUACUGUGUGCCGCAGUCGAGAAGAAGCAAGCCGAGUCCAAGGAUUUCAAGGAGUUCAUCCAGCUCCUGAGGAAAGUAGAUAAAUACGAUCACCUUUUAGUGCAUCUCAUCCCGGUACUUGGUGCCUAUAUCGCAACCUUUGGUUCCAAUGUGGGUGGUGGAGACGUUGAGCCGGCACGACAACUGAACGAGUUUAUCUGUGGAAGGACAGCCGAGGAUGUCUGGGCGAUACCGAGUCUCGGCGCUGCGGUGCGCGCAUGGUGGAUCGCCGAGUAUAGCGGCUGGUAUCACGAUGAUUACGCCGGCUACGAAGCGCGGGGCAUCAACCUGGACAAGGAGGACGAGGAGAGGACAAAACAAUUCAUGGAUGCCCUGAAGGACGGCGCCUUCGACUAUCUUCUCGCCGUUGCCGCCGACUGCCAUGCGCAUAAUCAGGACUGGCAGGACCCUACACGCUGGGGAAUGCGUCAAUGGUUGCAGCGCAAGACUACGCCUCUGGCAUCUGAAGCUCUGCCCUUCGCGCCUCAUUUCCACUCCUGUCUAAUGACACACCUCGAGGUACUCAUCGAUGCUGCCAUCUCCAAUAUCCCAGACGUUUUGCGUAAGUUGAGGACGGAGGAGGACGAGCAGCGCCAGUUGAGCCAAACACACGAGCAGGACCUUGAUCUGGAACGCUUCCUCAUGAUCAUUGCCUACGCCUACGAUGGCCGACCGGACGCAGCCAUGACUUUCUGGGAAGAUACCGAAAGCAACCUCGCCGGCUUCUUGAAUUGGGCGUCCAGGAGAGCUUCCACCCCUCUGGUCAGCGCCUUCUGCGAGAUGCUGCAAGCUCUUGCUGCUAAUGAAGAAUGCGCGACAGCCGCCCACAACUUCUUGCUCGACGAAACCACUCACUCGGGGGGCAAGUUGAAACGCUCAGCCUCCUUGACUUGGAACCAAAUCUUCAAGGAACUCAAGUUCUUCAUGGAGAAACUCCAAACCAAGCCACUUCCCGCCCCGUCUCAGCUUGUCCGUCACCAUGCAAAGCCCAGCAGCGAUCAGGCCGAAACUGAACCUGAAUCCGCCAUGAUGCUGGAGUGCUACCUGCGCCUCAUUGCCAAACUCGGCUAUGAAAGCCCAGUCGCCAGAAAUCUUCUACUUCUCGACACAAGCGUGGAGCUACCCGAAACUCUGAUCAGGCUUGCUAGUGCCCAGAUACCCGGCCGUCUCCGGGCUUGUGUUUUCAAUGCCUUCCGCGCCCUAAUGCAUCGCAAGACCCAUCAGGAGUCGGAAAUCAUGUGGGACUUUAUCGACCUUUGGCUAGUAGGAGGUUGGGGUCCCAAGGCGGACACACAACGAACCGUGGCAAUGUUACAGCCCAGUCCUCAGGCGGUGAUGGAGGCUAUCUUGGACGACAUCAGUGAUGGAUUUGAGCAGCCCGUUGCCUUUAUCCAGUUACUUAUUUCGCUCAUCCAGCCCUCGAUUGAUGAUGGAGAGCUUUGCGACAAACUGCCUUUCAAGGAAACGCUGGGCACCAGUAACCGACUGUCUGGCGUUGAUGUCUAUGUUGACUAUGUCUUUGGUCUCGUGUUGACCAAGAAGGCUAUGGAUAUCACCGAUCCUAUGCAGCUGAGGAUCCUUCAGCUCAGCUGCCUGGAGUUUGCGCUUGCUUCUCUGGCAUCGUUCAACGAAGACCUCAUUGUCUUGGGUAACGAGAGCAACGUCAAUGUUGAUGUUGCCGUGUCUACGUCAAGCCUAGAAGCCUAUGUGCGCCUGCACCCAUUUGCCCGGGUUAUGGAGUGGUUGUUCAAUGAAAAGGUUGUGAACAUUCUUGUCGACAUCAUCAACAGGGAUACGGAUGUGCUUGGACAGUCGUCCCACGAUUCCCCCGUUGUUUUGGGUGUUCUGCGAGCCGUCCAGGUCAUGAUCAAGGUCCUUGAGCUACAAGACACUUAUCUCGAUCUCGUCCGCCCCCUUAUCAAGAAGCAGUCUGGACAGCGAAGCCGCUCUGUCGCGAGUGGGGCUUAUUCUGCUUUCGAAGAUGGCAUUAUGAACCACCUGUCUCUCGUGGAGGAUCUCGGCCGGUUCACCAACCUUGGAAACCCCGACCUCACCUGGGCUUCCCUUAAGCUCUUGGAGAAGAUUUCGACAUCCCCCGAGAUCAUCUCGGCCUGGGAACCCGAUGGUCGUCAUGCGCAUCGCAACAAGGCCAUUGUCCAGCUCGAGAGGGGUGGGGCAGGUGUGUCGAUUGCCGCGUCUUUGGCCAACACCAUCGCCCAGACGCUCGAUCCUGUUCUGGAGGCCGAAUCGCCGGAUUACCAAACCAAGGUGUUCAUCCUCGAUUUCCUAUACAAAUGUCUCAAAGCCAACCCGGACAAACCCACCAUCGCUCAUCUACUCCUUGGCUUCCGCUGCGAGAUCAACGGGCUUGCCAUUGAACCCAAUGGUGCCUUUGAUAUUCAGCGAUCACUCUUCCAUAGCCUGUUGAACGCGUUCAUUGGCUUGUCAGUAUACCAAGAGGAGUUGGGUAUGCGAGGCUACCUAAUAACUCUCAAGCGGAAUAUUUUGCGCAUCUUCCAGAUCCUUUGGAGCUCACCCCUUUCUUCACAGUUGGUCAUGGAAGAGUUGCGAGCUACUAACUUCCUCUUCCACACCCUGCUCCAAGAGCCACAAGUCCAACCACACCUCAGGUGGGACGGCGUAGAAGCGGCUUCUCCCGAGUUCCUGGUCACGGACGCAUCGCAUUCUUAUAUCGAGUUCCUUGCGACGCGUGCCAUGGCCUUUGAAUACAUUGCCAAGGAGCUUUGCAGUGUGUCCCAAAAGCGGAUACCCACCGUCAAGCGCCAAAUAUUUGAUGCCCUGCUGAAUGGACAGAUCCGGGCCGACGACGAGGAGCCCAUCAACAUUGCUAAUAUCUUUGACUUUUUCGACUUCCUCAACGUCGACUUUGUGGACAUUCCCGCCCCGGAAUUCGAUAUUUACAGGGACAUCGACCUCACUCCAUGCAUCGAGGAGGACGCAAUGACCGGGUCCCAAUUUAACGUUCACAAAGUCCACGAGUUGGCCUUGCUCAAGCGCGCUGAGAGGCUCAACCGGGACAACCCGGAAAAGAAGGAUAGCCAGGCCCUAAUCACACAAGAUGAGCUGGCAGCCUGGGACCGUGAGCAGAGUCUCUUGCUCGAAUAUGUCAUCUACCGGAACCGCCAGAAGCAGUUCAGCGCCCACCGCCUUAAGGUACUCCGGGCGUGGACCAACAUCCUGCUGGUCAUGUUCGAGGCCAAUGACUUCAAGGGCACGCCCAAGAUCGCCUUCCUCCUGCAAGCGCUGCAGGCCAUUUUGCCCAGCCUGGAGGCCUUCAGCACACUCAGCCCCGCCGAGGCUUUUGAGCUUGCUCGCGUUGCCAAGGUGCUACUCUUCAAGCUCGACCUCUCGGACAAUACCGAUGGCGCCACCGACAAGGACAUUGGCAACCUCAUCAGUGACAAGCUCUUUCAGCUUUUCCAAGUCUGCCUCACCUCCAUCGCCAGCUGGGUCGGCAGUGCCGAUUUGCGCGCUCUUUACUACUCCAUCUGCUACCGGUACCUCACGUCGGUAGUCGACAAGACCACCGACCACACCGGCACCACCACCAGCAACGCCCUGGCCACGGCCCGCUCCCGCGCCAUCAGGGCCAUCCAAGCCUAUGGCGACCGUCUCCUUAACGUCAUCUGCGAUGACGCCUACGGCUCCGACUCGACGUGCCAAACCGCGGCCAUGAUCCUUUUGGGAGCCCUCGUCCAUCUCGAUCACACCACGACGGCUUCCGGUCUCCAGCACACCAACGAUCUAGACGGCUCCUUUGUAGUUACCACCCUGAACCGUCUCAACUUUAUCGGCGUUCUCGUCGAUUCUCUCAAGACCAUUUUAAAGGAUUGGUCUGCUGUCACCACUUCCCCCACUUCCUCCGUCGAACAGCAACAGCAACAACAGCCACCAUCAUCCCAACAACUCACACUCGCCACUCAAUCACCCGCCACAGACAGCCAAUAUAUCCUUUCCAAACUCUCUCUCCUCCUUGCCCUCUGUCGCUCCAAGCUCGGCUCCAAAUUCGUUCUCCAGUCGAACCUCUUCCGCGCCCUAGAAGUGUCGGGUGCUUUCUCCACCGACCCAGAACUUUUCGUUCGUCAGCAACAACAAAAUUCCUCGACAGGCUCGACGACCUAUGUCCGCGCUUUGGAAAGGCACUAUACGCUCCUCGUGUAUCUAGCCAGAAUCGUCUCAGCGGCGGUCAUGGCCGGCAAGAAGCGCGGGAGUCAUAAUGCGCUGCAGGGACGCAAGUUCUUGCAAGGGGCUAGGGGGUUAGUGGUUCAGGUGUUGAAGAUGAGUGUGGGGAUUGGUGGUGCUGGGUCGGGGAACCUUGGCGUCUCGAUGAGGGCGGUGAAUGGAAGUGCGUACAGUGGUGCGGAUAGGGAUAGCCAGGCACAGUUGGAGUUGGAAGAACGCGUGGAUGAGCUGGCGGAGGCGUUUAUGCUUUUGAUUAACGCUACCGGGUUUUUGGAGUUCGAGGAAGAGCAAACGGCUGCUGAGAAGCCGAAGGGUGAUCUGCUCUUUCACUAGAGGGUCAUCAAUCGAUGAGCAAAGAGUUGUGGGUUCGCAUGAGAGACCGGAAGUAGAUGGGAUGGAAAGAAGUGUGCUGAGAGAAUGACAAUGUUGAAGAAGAGGCAGAAGAAGAAGAAGGAGGAGGAGGAGGAGGAGGAGAAAAGAUAUGGGGUGUCAUAGCAUCGAAGAAAGGAAGGAAGGGAUGGGAGUUUUUGUGUACUGGUCUUCAGUUAGUGUCUUUUUUAGGUCUACAUCAUUUGGCAGCAAGAAACUGUUUUUCGGGUGUCUGUCUGACAAGCAUUUUGGCGUUGAG